UUAGUGCAGCAGCUGGAUCCUUAAUGCUUUUUUAUUGGGUGAAUCUUGAAAUAUCAGAAGCAAAAUCCAAUAUAGUGGUAGCCUAGCUAGUUUCCGUUUUAGCUUGUUUCAGUCCAAAUUGACCUUGUAAUUUGUAAAGGGUUUGUCUUUUUAAUGAUUUUAAGGUCAUAAAAAUACAAGGUCAACAGUUGAGGAAACUAGAGGUGAGGCAUAGUGCUUGUAAUUUCAUCUUGUUCUUGGGCAAAAGCCCCAAAAUUAGCACACUGAGUCACUCACUGUUAGCUAAAAUAUCAUCCAUGAUUGUGGGAUUACACUGGCAGGGUAAAGGCUGCGUACAUCCUACCUUGACCCCACUUGUGGGAUUACACGGAUAUGUUGUUUUGUUCUUGUACUAGUGAUACUAUGAUACUUUGGAUUCCCCAUAUUUCUCUUUGUAGUUAGGACUAAGUGUUGAUAUCAUUAAGUGCUCUUUUCUUUUAACCUUUUCACUUACCUUAACUCAAUCUUGAGCUAACUAACAGAUUUUAUGGUAAUUUAUUGUUGAUUGGGUACCAAUUAAGAAGUGCGAACACCAUUAACUUAUUUCGGGUGACAUAAAUUGUUUACCUUCAAGACAAAAGGAGUUGGAUCUCACCACUUCAGACAACAAUACCGAGUUUGUUGUUGGAGAGCGUACAUGUUAUGUUGCACCUUGGACGGCUUCCUGUUUUCCAAGAACAUUUGCAUAUCAUGGUUCACCAGAUGGUUUAGUUUAGAUUUAUUGGUUAAUGGAGCUCUAUCUGUUUAUUGAUCCAAAAUGGGAUGGAUUGGGAACAUUGAGGGCCUUUGAAGGGUUAGAUACAGGUCAUGAAUUAGUCAAUACUGCCCUUCUAGUUAGAACAUUGAAGUUGAGGACCGAAGGCAAAGCUGGGUUGUGCCUGGAAUUAGAACCUUUCAGAUAAUGAAUAAUGGUAUAAUUGGGCUAAAAAACUGACUGGUAUGAUAAGUCAGUGUUACAGGCUAGUCGUUUGAGUUUCUUAAUUGUUGCAAGUGAUGACAUAUCCCGAUGGUUUCCAUGAAGAGUGAAGGUCGAGGAAUAGAAAUGAAAGUUGAUGGUUGAUCUAUAGGUCUUGAUUUUGAUAAUCUUGUUGGCUAACAACAAAUAUGGAAGAUCUGGAUCGUGGGAAAGUCACACUGAUAGGAUCCACUAUAUGUCUUAUGCUGACUUUGCAUUUCAGCAUACAGCUAGUGACACAACAUUUUAUGUCAUGGAAGAAGCCUAAAGAGCAAAAGGCCAUAAUUAUUAUCGUCCUCAUGGCACCCUUGUAUGCUAUUAUCUCCUUCAUUGGGUUGAUCGAUUUCAUGGGAAGCAAACCCUUUUUCACUUUCUUGGAAUCUGUCAAAGAAUGUUAUGAAGCAAUUGUGAUGGCUAAGUUCCUGGGGUUGAUGUACACUUACUUGAACAUUUCCAUAAGCAAAAACAUAGUCCCUGAUGAAAUUAAGGGAAGACAGAUUCACCACUCAUUCCCAAUGACACUCUUCCAGCCUCACACUGCUCAUUUGAACCAUCAUACGUUGAAGCUUCUCAAGAACUGGACAUGGCAGUUUGUUGUGAUUCGGCCUGUAUUCUCCAUCUUAAUGAUUAUUCUACAAAUGUUUGGAGUGUACCCUAGUUGGAUUAGCUGGACCUUUACCAUCAUUUUAAACAUAUCCGUUUCACUGGCUUUGUACUCUCUUGUGGUUUUCUACCACGUGUUUGCAAAAGAGUUGGCGCCUCACAAGCCACUAGCCAAGUUCCUGUGUGUCAAAGGAAUUGUCUUUUUCGUUUUCUGGCAGGGUAUUCUGCUCAAUAUUCUGGUAGCACUAGGCAUAAUCAAAUCUCACCAUUUCUGGCUCGAGGUGGAGCGCAUACAGGAAGGUAUGCAGAAUGUACUGGUGAUUGUGGAGAUGGUUUUCUUCGCUAUCCUUAUGCGUCAUGCAUACAGUGCAGCGCCAUAUCGCCAAGAAGCUCUUACAACUACUUCAGGAGAUAAAAAGAAAGAAUGAUUAUGCAACAUGCAUUGUUGUGAAAAAUUAUCUUCAGUCAUCAGUCACUUCUUCCUAUUGCUUGUGUGUUAUAUUGGACUUGCUUGUUGAUGUAUACUAUAGAUUCUUCUAUUAAAUAAUGUAACCUUAAAUGGAGUCAGAAAUAUACAGAAAGUGGAUUAAGAAGAACUAGAGUUUUAUCAUCAGGCGGUAUUGUUUGUACUUUUAGCACCUAUUACAAGAUUUGUAGAGAUGAAAAAAGAUCUUAUUAGAACAAGACAAAUCAACUAGAACAUUUUGUGAGAGUUAUUUAGAAUUGAAUCCUUUGAUUCUGAGGCAAUGGAUACUUCAUUUGAAAUAAAACAGAGAAGCAUAUGAGCAGUUGA